CGGCUGAAGUUGUUGAAGUUGGUGGUGGCUGCGAUGAGCGGGGCUCCUCUCCGCUCCCCCGCCCGCCGGGACCCCUGACGGUCCCUGCCCCCGCCUCAGAGACUGUUUCGGUUUGUUGGGGUUUUUUGUUUUCUUUUUAUUAUUAUUUUUCUCUUCUGUCUCGCUCUUGCUCCAGCCAAGGUGAAUGGCCCACGGUGGGUGUAGCUGGCCUCACCGCCUCUGCAAGGGGAAAAUGGUGGCCGUGGGGGUGCUGGCCGGCCUCUCGGUGCUUAGCCUCCUCACUUACGGCUACCUGUCCUGGGACAGCCUCCGACUCGGCCCCGGAGAGACAGAGGCGACGAGGACCGGGCUGGGAGAUGAGCUGGGGGCCGGCGCCCCCAGCUCGCAGCCUCACAUCAUCUUCAUCCUGGCUGACGAUCAGGGAUUCAGAGACGUAGGGUACCACGGAUCGGAGAUCAGGACGCCCACUCUGGACAAGCUAGCUGCUGAAGGGGUUAAACUGGAGAACUAUUAUGUUCAGCCUAUGUGCACACCAUCCAGAAGCCAAUUUAUCACUGGAAAGUACCAGAUACACACCGGCCUUCAGCACUCCAUUAUACGGCCAACCCAGCCCAACUGCUUACCUCUGGAUAAUGUCACGCUACCUCAGAAGCUGAAGGAGGUUGGUUAUUCAACACACAUGGUUGGCAAAUGGCACUUGGGGUUUUAUCGCAGAGAAUGCAUGCCCACGCAGAGAGGAUUUGACACUUUCUUCGGCUCGCUCUUAGGUAGCGGCGACUAUUACACUCACUUCAAAUGUGACAGCCCUGGGAUAUGUGGCUAUGACCUGUACGAGAACGACAACGCAGCUUGGGAUCAUGACAACGGCAUCUACUCGACGCAGAUGUACACACAAAAAGUACAACAAAUCUUAGCUUCCCAUAACCCCAGGAAACCUAUAUUCUUAUAUAUUGCUUACCAAGCUGUUCAUUCGCCUCUUCAGGCACCAGGCAAGUAUUUUGAACAUUAUCGAUCGAUAAAUAACAUCAACAGGCGAAGAUAUGCUGCGAUGCUAGCUUGUUUGGAUGAAGCCAUAAACAACGUAACCCUUGCUUUAAAGAAGUUAGGUUACUACGAGAAUAGCAUUAUCAUAUAUUCUUCAGAUAAUGGUGGGCAGCCAAUGGCCGGAGGAAGUAACUGGCCUCUCCGAGGAAGCAAAGGGACCUAUUGGGAAGGAGGUAUCCGUGCUGUUGGGUUUGUCCACAGCCCCCUUCUGAAAAACAAAGGGUCUGUGUGUAAGGAGCUUGUGCACAUCACAGACUGGUUCCCCACUUUGAUCACACUGGCAGAAGGGCAGAUCGAUGAAGAUAUCCAGCUGGAUGGCUAUGAUAUAUGGGAAACCAUUAGUGAAGGCAGACGUUCUCCACGGGUAGACAUCUUACACAACAUUGAUCCGAUUUACACCAAAGCUAAAAAUGGGUCCUGGGCAGCUGGCUAUGGGAUCUGGAACACUGCGAUUCAAUCUGCCAUCAGAGUGAAUCAUUGGAAACUACUGACGGGAAAUCCAGGAUAUAGUGACUGGGUACCUCCACAGGCCUUCAGUAACGUGGGCCCCAACCGCUGGCACAAUGAACGCGUUUCUUGGUCAGCUGGGAAAACAGUGUGGCUUUUCAACAUAACCGCUGAUCCGUAUGAACGAGUGGACCUCUCUGCAAGGUAUCCGGAGGUAGUGAAGCAGUUGUUGCGGAGGCUUUCACAGUUCAAUAAGACUGCGGUUCCUGUUCGAUAUCCACCUAAGGACCCUCGGAGUAACCCGAAGCUGAAUGGAGGAGUCUGGGGUCCGUGGUUUAAGGAGGACGAAAAGAAAAAGAAAUCAGAUAAAAGUAAAGGUGCAAAUAAGCAAAAGAAGAACAAGAACAAGAAAAAAGCAAAUCGGAAAAAAGGGCAAUCAUUACAUUGCCGUUCACAUCUUGCUGGUGGAUAGACUCUAAGCACGCUCUUUUGCCAAGUCUAAGUCAGCUUGGCCCAACUUUCUUGAACUUCUGACAGAAUAUACUAGAAAUGCUAGCUCUGCACUAUGGAUGGAAGUUGUCAUCUUUUAAUUUUUUCUCUGAUUUCACCAGCACAAGAUAUCUCAACACUCUGCCUUGAGUGUACGUAAACGUCCACAUGACAAACUUUCUCCUCUACGGGAUGAAUGGUGCUCACCCAUCACAGCUACAUUCCAGAUAACAAUGGCAGUAACACCUAAGUUCAGUAAACUCAUUUUUGAUGGACAAAUGGUGGUUCCUUGCCUAAAUUAGUUGGAAUAUUUGGAGAGUAUGGAGAUGUUAGUGGCAAAUGUUCUCAAACUGACAGAUGAUUCAUAGAGAGAAAGGGAAAACAAAACCUGAGAACCUCUGUGGGUCAGAAAGUGUUAGUCACCAACCUAUGACAUUUUUUGAUACAACACAGCAAAAACAUGAAGCCAUCAGAGUAACUUUUUAGAGGUGCUGGGGA